CUGCCUGCGGUUCUCACAGAUCUGGACCCCAACGUUCGUAGAGUCACUUCUCGGAGCUUGUCACCCACUGCUCUCCCAUCCUCUGCCUGGACCGGGCCGCCACCACGCGGCCGCUGCGGCUCCUGGCACGGCCCCGCUCUCGGCCACCGCCCUGGCACCAGCCACUCUGUCGUCCCCGGACCGGCGAGGACCAGCUCGGCCGGGGCGCAGGCGGCUGGGGAGGGGGCGCUGGCCGCGAGGCCGUGCAUGCGCUGCCACCAACCUGGGGCUGUCCGUGGAGGGCGAGUGCUGGCUCCCGGAGGACGCGACGCCCUUCGGGGCCAACGGGCCGCGCUCAGAGGCAGCCCUGGGAACGACCCAUCCCUUUUCCAGCCCUGGGGUGGGACUGGGGUCAGAGUGCGCUGCGCCCCUGUCUCCUGGCCUGCCCCCUGCAUGGGACGCGAUGAUGGCGGCCCUGUAUCCGGGCACGGAUCCCUCGGGCGCCUCCUCCUCCUCCUUGCUUUCUUCCCCAUCCUCCUCUUCCCCGCCGAACGAGGUGAUGGCGCUAAAGGAUGUGCGGGAGGUGAAGGAGGAAAACACUCUGAAUGAGAAGCUGUUCUUGCUGGCGUGCGACAAGGGUGACUAUUACAUGGUUAAAAAGAUUUUGGAGGAAAGCAGUUCGGGUGACUUGAACAUAAAUUGCGUAGAUGUGCUUGGGAGAAAUGCUGUUACAAUAACUAUUGAAAACGAAAAUUUGGAUAUACUCCAGCUUCUUUUGGACUACGGUUGUCAGAAGCUAAUGGAACAAAUUCAGAAUCCUGAAUAUUCAACUACUAUGGACAUUGCACCUGUCAUUUUAGCUGCUCAUCGUAACAACUAUGAAAUUCUUACAAUGCUGUUAAAACAGGAUGUGUCGCUACCUAAGCCUCAUGCAGUUGGCUGUGAAUGCACAUUGUGUUCUGCAAAAAACAAAAAAGACAGCCUCCGACAUUCAAGGUUUCGUCUUGAUAUAUAUCGUUGUUUGGCCAGUCCGGCUCUAAUAAUGUUAACAGAGGAGGAUCCAAUUCUGAGAGCAUUUGAACUUAGUGCUGAUUUAAAAGAACUAAGCCUUGUGGAGGUGGAAUUCAGGACUGAUUAUGAAGAACUAGCCCAGCAGUGUAAAAUGUUUGCUAAAGAUUUGCUUGCACAAGCCCGGAAUUCACGUGAAUUGGAAGUUAUUCUAAACCAUACAUCUAGUGAUGAGCCUCUUGACAAGCGGGGAUUAUUAGAAGAAAGAAUGAAUUUAAGUCGUCUAAAACUUGCUAUCAAAUAUAACCAAAAGGAGUUCGUCUCCCAGUCUAACUGCCAGCAGUUUCUGAACACUGUUUGGUUUGGACAGAUGUCAGGUUAUCGACGUAAGCCCACCUGUAAAAAGAUAGUGACUGUUUUAACAGUUGGCAUCUUCUGGCCACUUUUGUCACUUUGCUAUUUGAUAGCUCCCAAAUCUCAGUUUGGCAGAAUCAUUCAUACACCUUUUAUGAAAUUCAUCAUUCAUGGAGCAUCAUAUUUCACAUUCUUGCUGUUACUAAACCUAUACUCUCUUGUCUACAAUGAGGAUAAGAAAAACACUAUGGGACCAGCUCUUGAAAGGAUAGACUAUCUUCUUAUACUGUGGAUCAUUGGGAUGAUUUGGUCAGACAUUAAAAGGCUCUGGUAUGAAGGGUUGGAAGACUUUUUAGAAGAAUCUCGUAAUCAACUCAGUUUUGUCAUGAAUUCACUUUAUUUGGCAACCUUUGCCCUCAAAGUGGUUGCUCACAACAAGUUUCAUGACUUUGCUGAUCGGAAGGACUGGGACGCAUUUCACCCCACACUGGUGGCAGAAGGGCUUUUCGCAUUUGCAAAUGUGCUGAGUUAUCUUCGUCUGUUUUUCAUGUAUACAACAAGUUCUAUCUUGGGUCCAUUACAGAUUUCAAUGGGACAGAUGCUUCAGGAUUUUGGAAAGUUCCUUGGGAUGUUCCUUCUUGUUUUGUUUUCUUUCACAAUUGGGUUGACACAGCUGUAUGAUAAAGGCUAUACUUCAAAAGAACAGAAAGACUGCGUGGGCAUCUUCUGUGAACAGCAAAGCAAUGACACCUUCCACUCGUUCAUUGGCACUUGCUUUGCUUUGUUCUGGUAUAUUUUCUCCUUAGCACAUGUGGCAAUCUUUGUCACAAGAUUUAACUACGGGGAGGAACUGCAGUCCUUCGUCGGCGCUGUUAUUGUUGGGACGUACAACGUGGUGGUGGUGAUCGUGCUCACCAAGCUGCUGGUGGCCAUGCUUCACAAGAGCUUUCAGCUGAUAGCAAAUCAUGAAGACAAAGAAUGGAAGUUUGCUCGAGCAAAAUUGUGGCUUAGCUACUUUGAUGACAAGUGUACAUUACCCCCACCUUUCAACAUCAUUCCUUCACCAAAGACUAUCUGCUAUAUGAUUAGUAGCCUCAGUAAAUGGAUUUGUUCUCAUACAUCGAAAGGCAAGGUUAAACGCCAAAAUAGUUUAAAGGAAUGGAGAAAUCUGAAACAGAAGAGAGACGAAAACUAUCAGAAAGUGAUGUGCUGCCUGGUGCACCGCUACCUGACCUCCAUGAGGCAGAAGAUGCAGAGCACGGACCAGGCGACUGUGGAGAACCUGAACGAGCUGCGCCAAGAUCUGUCAAAAUUCCGAAAUGAAAUACGGGACUUGCUUGGCUUUCGGACUUCUAAAUAUGCUAUGUUUUAUCCAAGAAACUAACCAUUCUCUAAAUUAUGUAGAGAAUAAUUUUCAAUAAUAAUGGUAAAUCUGAAAGACUGUGUUUGUAUAACUUGCACUGAGUCAAUAAGCUAUGUCUUGAAAUAAAGAAUUAUGUAAAAGCCAUUCUUUAAAAUAUUUAUAGCAUAAAUCUGUUAUGUAAAAUAUGUGUAGAAUUAGUUUUUUAAAACCCUAUGUUAGUGGCUUUUUGCAGAAGCAAAACAGAUUAGUAGAUAGAAUUUGCAAGCAUGCCGCUUGGUGUUCUAACCUGAACAGCGCUCUAACAUGUUUUCUGUCUAUGUUUAAGAAGGGCAGUUAUGGUGAACGUUGCCGGAGGCUCUGUAGAUGAAGACCGGUGAAUGUGGGCUGAUCUCUGUCUGUAGGAGAGAUAACUUGAAAUAUUGAAGUCAUGGUUUUUAAAAUCUAUUUUAGGACUUCACGUAUAUCAUUUAAGAGUAUAGUUUCAUCUAAAACUAGUCUAUUUUUUUAUUUUAUUAUAAUCCUAAGUAACAAAGAAACAAACUUAAUGAAUAUUUGAACCUAUUCAUGUCUCUAUAAAUUUAAAUUCACUUCAAUUUCAUUAUUAUUUGUUAUUUAUGUGGUUGUAAUCACUAAAUGUUUAAUUUUGCUUUUUUUCCCUUUAAUCCUAUUUACAUAUACAUUUCCAUGUAUUAAUACAGUCCAUGUAUUUGAUUUUUAUAGAAUUAUAUCAUGUUUGAAAAACAUAGUGAGUAGACUUUUUAUUUGUAGCUAUGAAGCAUUGUUUAUGUACUUCUCUAAGGUUAGGUAUUUGGUGGUUUUUAACUUUUCUUUAUCAUAAUAGUGCUAUAAUUUUUUUAAGUUGAGCAAAUGUUCAUAGUUAUGAAGCUAACCCAAAAUAAGGAUUUAGAAGAUAUUUCUUUAUCAUGAGUGGUCACAGCCUAUUUUAUUUUUGUAAACAUUGGAAGACCCUUUAAUGCAAGGAUUUCUUUUAUAUUUGGACUAAGGUUCUUGAGCUUUUCUCCUAAAGUAUUUUCCUCAGAAUUUAAUAUAGCUUCUAUAAAAAUGACUUCAUUUUAUUUGUGGAUCAUGCUUGCUACUUAAGCUGAAAAGAAUUGAUUUUUUAAAAAAUUGUAGAAUAAAGUAUAUUUAAUUUUUUUCCUAUGUUCAUGCAAAGGAUGUAGUUAAAAUUUUUUCACUGGCCAUUGUUUAUAUAUUCUUGCAACAUUUCCAGUUAAUUGGUUACUAGAUAUAUAAUUACCUGAUUAACUGAAUGUCAGAUGGUCUUAAGGCCACAGGGUUCAGGUAGCCCUUGCUCUGUAAGCACCACUGAUCCAGGGGUCAUUGUCUGAGGAUGUUAGCAUUGUGUUUCACCUUACUUUUUACUUUUUGCUUUUUCGUUCCCAAAUUGUAAGUGUUCCCUCUUUGGGGCAAAUUCUUGUAAAAAUGUUUAUUGUAAAGUUAUAUAUUUUUGUCUACAGUGGGAUUAUGUACUUCCCAAUAGGGCUUUUACAUCAGGAUUUUUAGUCAUUCUAAAAAAUAGCUAAUUAUUAAAUAAAAAUAUUUAUGGAGUG